UGCCCACGGACCGGGCCGCCUCCGUCCUUCCGUCCUCCGUCCGUCCGUCAGUCCGUCGGUCCGCCCGCCCGCUGCCACCUCCUCGUGCCCUCCUCCUCCGGCCGGCAGAUUGAGUUGCACAAGAGGAAAAAGAGCCAAGAUGGCAGCGAAUAAGCCAAAGGGUCAGAAUUCCUUAGCCCUGCACAAAGUCAUCAUGGUGGGCAGCGGCGGUGUGGGGAAAUCGGCUUUGACUCUGCAGUUCAUGUACGACGAGUUCGUAGAAGAUUACGAGCCCACCAAAGCCGACAGCUACCGGAAGAAGGUGGUCCUGGACGGAGAAGAAGUCCAGAUCGAUAUCUUAGAUACCGCGGGGCAGGAAGACUACGCCGCAAUAAGAGAUAACUACUUUCGGAGCGGGGAGGGUUUUCUCUGCGUCUUCUCCAUCACAGAACUGGAAUCUUUCGCAGCCACGGCGGACUUCAGGGAACAGAUUUUAAGAGUAAAGGAGGAUGAGAACGUCCCUUUCCUUCUAGUUGGAAAUAAAUCUGACCUAGAAGACAAAAGACAAGUUUCCGUCGAAGAGGCAAAAAACCGAGCUGACCAGUGGAACGUUAAUUACGUGGAGACGUCCGCUAAGACCCGAGCCAAUGUGGACAAGGUGUUUUUUGAUUUAAUGAGAGAAAUCAGGGCCAGAAAGAUGGAAGACAGCAAAGAGAAGAACGGGAAGAAGAAGAGGAAAAGCUUAGCCAAGAGAAUCAGAGAAAGAUGUUGCAUUUUAUAAUUAAAGCCGAAGCUCCUUUCUUAUCGUGACCGUACUAAAAGUAUAAUUUAUAAGCAUCGCCACUGAAGGCUCGCGGAACUGAAGUUACUUUUAAUAUUUUGGAAGUUGCUGUGUGUCACUAAAGCAUGAAUUGGAACUGCACUGAAAGUCAGAUUCACUGAAAAAAUCAUUAGUGUCUUCGAGAAACAAAGAUCAACCCAUUUCAUAAUCGCCUUCAUUGUCAGGGGCCUCCUGAGUGUAAUGUAUUUCAUGGGCAGUUUUCCUGAACUGUGUAAGAUAGCUACCCGUGGUCCGGGGAAGGAUG